AUCAGUGAGGGGUAAAUUAAGUAUAGGGUGCCUUAUAACAUUGAUGUCUUGGGAGCACACCGGCAGUGCUGCUUAUUUUAUACAAAAUACUAUAAAGAAUAGCAAGGCAGGAAAUUUCCUACUUCAGCAGCUAAUUUUUCACCUUUUCUGUCGCCAAUUAUGGGAUACAAUCAUCAUUGCACAAUUCAACCAUGUAAUCAUGCCGUGAUUGACUUUCAAGACCAUGACGUCACAAUCCACCACAGCUUCCCUUGCCACUACACCAUCACGUGACUUUGUGACAUUGUUUUACUGCUGCAUCAUAUACUUCAAAUGGCUGUCUGUACCUGACUGUCUACUGUAAUCCUAUCCUGUGACUGUUGCCAGAUUUCUCGUCCUUGUUUUCACUGAUUUCUACCUUUCUUCCCAUCUUGCCCUUUGUAGCAACACCAUCCUUUCACUUGCCUUCACUGUGUGCUGCCCUUCCUUUUGUAGCUUUUAUAGCAUUCUCUCAUUUAACACACCAUUCCGCUCAUCAGCACAAUUCUCUCCUCUCCUUUUCCUCUCCGUGUCUUCCCUCCCCCACCCCAGUGUGCAAUGGAGGGUGGGUUAACCCUUAACAGCGGCACCAUCAUCAGUGCCAGUGGGGACAAGAAGCAAGACCAGGUGUUGCUGCAGCCCUUCACAUACGUGCUGCAGGUGCCAGGAAAGAUGAUCCGGGGCAAGUUGGCUCAAGCCUUUAACUACUGGAUGAAGAUUCCUGAUGACAAGCUAUUAGCCAUCUCAGACAUUAUACAAAUGCUGCAUAAUGCUAGCCUGCUUAUAGAUGACAUUGAGGACAACAGUGUGUUGCGGCGUGGCAUUCCAGUUGCUCACAGCAUCUACGGUGUUGCCUCCACCAUCAAUGCUGCCAACUAUGUUUAUUUCCUUGGCCUGGAGAAGGUGUUAGCCCUUGAACACCCACAGGCUACCCAGGUGUUCUGUGAGCAACUUCUGGAGCUCCACCGAGGGCAGGGGAUGGAAAUCUAUUGGAGGGACUCCUUUACGUGUCCCUCUGAGGAGGAGUAUCGCCAGAUGACCAUCCGCAAGACUGGAGGACUCUUUGGCCUUGCAAUAAGACUGAUGCAGCUGUUUAGUAACUCACGGGAAGACUACUCCACCAUUACUGGUAUUCUGGGACUAUACUUCCAGAUACGUGAUGACUAUGCUAACUUAUGCAUGAAGGAGUACAGUGACAGCAAGAGUUACUGUGAAGAUCUAACUGAGGGUAAAUUCAGCUUCCCAGUGAUUCAUGCUAUCAAUACCAAGCCAGAUGACCAGCAAGUUAUCAAUAUCAUACGGCAAAGGCCCAAGGACCUGGAAGUCAAGAGGUACUGUGUGUCCCUCUUAGAGAAGUUUGGAUCCCUGCAGCACACCCAGGAAACUCUGAGAACCCUAGACAAUGAGGCACGGCAGGAGAUUGCCAAGUUAGGGGGUAAUCCUCACCUGGAGGCUCUUCUGGAUGAGUUAAGAACCAAUGUGUAGAAGUUCAUAUUUGAGUGAUUUCUUAAUUUAUUUAUUUUUUCUAUGAAUUUUUCCCACUACAUUCAAUUCUUUCUUUUCUUCUUUUCUUUCUUCUCAUCAUGAUUUAGUCUCAGUUCUGUUUUAACUUCUGUAUGCUACUUUUAUAUUCUCGAUUUCUACUUUUUAUAUUAUUAUUAUUAUUUCUCAUCACUUUCCUCCUCUUCCUCCUCCUCCUCUUCUUCCUCCACCUCAUGGUGUUAGGUUUGCUGACAGUUCCAUACUCUUACUUUGUUGACCUCAUAUUUUUAUUUCCUUUCACAACCCACAUCAAGAUUUGCAGUUUCAUCUCCAAAUCAAACUCAGGCUUCCAUUCACUGCUGCUUUACUACAGUUAACAGCCGUGUGAUGGACAAAACUGUCAGCAGAUCACAUCUCAUGCAGGUAGUCCUUGUGUUAUGUUUCAGUGCACCGCCAACAGGGAUUUAAUGUGUAGUAUCUUUAAAGCUGAAGGUGUGUAAUUAUUUAUUAUUUAUUGUUAUAGGUGUUAUAUAAUUUGUGGUGUCCUAAUGACAGGGAUAGAUAUUAUGGUACUUUAAAAAUUACUAGUAUUGCAAUUUUGAUACUGGAAUCAUUUAAUUAUUAUUAUUAUUAUUUUUAUUUA